AUGUUUUUUCUCACUUUUUGUUCAUCUUCUGGUAUCAGCUGCAAUUGUUGGGGCACCAUCAAGGAUAUAGCCAUCAUUCUUUUCCAUUCCACUUUUUCUUCCAUUCUCUUAGACUGCCAAGUUCUUGCUUAUCCAUUCCCAGAUGUCUUAUUUUCUGUCUUCCUCAGGUUCUUGAAACUUUUUUUUCCUCUCUCCUUCAAGUAUGCUGUUGGAAUACUGGUAUCUCCAUUCUGCUGGAAAGAGAGGUAUUGGGUAGGCCUCACUUUGGCCUGUUCAUUGUCAGAAAUUCUACACCAUUUAUCUUUUACCAAACUUUGGUUCAAUGGAAGUCUGUCCGACAGCAAGGAAACUUACCAUUUAAAGGCACUGCCUGUAUCAAUCACACCUACCUCAUUUUCAGUUUUAAAAGACACUAAUCAAAAAACAGAUGCUAAUGUUUCCAAAGUGACCAGAAUCUUCCCAAAUGUCUGUCGUGUAAUCAGCAGGCAUGGUAAUGGCUCGGGAAUUGUGUUUGGUGCUGACCUGAUUUUGACCUGCAGUCAUGUUAUAGGCAAAGAUACAAAAGUGUCUGUGAAAUUGUACAAAGAGACUGAGUGGAGAAAUGCUGUUGUAAAAUAUGCUACACCAAAAGAUGAGCCGCUGGACCUUGCUGUACUUAGUCUGGAUGAUCCUUCUGCAAGUAUAGGGACAAUUGUUUCAUUGAAGACAACACAAGCUGUCGAAGGACUGUGCAUCUAUGCCAUAGGUCAUGGCUUGUUUUCUGCAUCUUUUGAUUCCAACCCCAGCAUUACAUCUGGGACUGUGUCUAGGAUUGUCUACCAUGGAGGCAAACAAAUUUUAAUUCAGUCAAGUUGUGCUCUUUAUCCUGGUUCAAGUGGAGGUCCAUUAGUGAAUGAGAAAGGUCAGGUUGUCAGCAUGUCCAGGUCUAAUGUUACAAUGUUGAAUGACAAUCCGCACGUCAGUAUUUCAGUUCCAAUGGAAAUAGUUAUGUCAGUUCUCCAAGAGUACAGGAAAACGAAGAAUGUUGAUGUUCUCAAGAAACUUUGGCUUCAAGAUCCUGAUUCUAAAAGAUUAUGGCAAUUAAAAUCCUUACCAGAAUCCAGAUCAUCAUUAACCAGCAAGCUUUCUCUUUCUUUCCUUUCUAUAAUUUCUUUUACUUCGACUAGAUUUGAUCUAUCAUUUCUACUCGCGACGAUUUAUACCGAUUCCUUUCUGUCAUUCUCGAAUAAUUUCUUUUGUUUUUUCUUCGCUUUUCAUGGCCAUCUCUUUUUGUAUGAAUUACUCACAACCAUCUCCCAUCUUCUUAUUCUCCGGUCUGCGUCUUCUCAUCCGCCACUGGCAGUACCGACAGUGGUGGGCAUCGAUUCACUACCCACCCAUAUUCCUCCCAUUAUUCUUCCCGUCCUAGCCUAA